AUGUCAGACCUUAAGGAAGAUAUGAAGCGCAAAGCCGAGGACGACCUACCCUCCCCCGCCGCGCCAAAGCGCGUAAAGCACAGCGAUUCCGAAGAGCCCCAAGAUGAUCUCCUGGAGGACAAGGAUGAAGAGCAAAUCGAUGCGACGAUAAGUGUACGAGGCGGCGCUGACGGCGACGGCGACGAGGCCGAAGCGGACGACGGCCCGCACGACGAUGAAGAAGAGGAAAAGGAAGAUGGUGGGGAUGCGGACAAUGACGAUGAAGAUAAAGACGAGGACAAAGAUGGAGCGCAAAAUUUCAAAUUAGAAGACGGUGUUGAUUCAAAGACGGGAGAUCAGUCAGCUCCUGCACUGAAGCGCAUUCCGUUCCCGGACAAGCCGGGCGUCAUCGAAGAGCGAAAUGGCGAAAUCGAGUUUCGGGUAGUCAACAACGACGGGGGUCGCGAAUCGCUCAUCGUCCUGACCGGCCUCAAGUGCCUCUUUCAAAAGCAACUGCCAAAGAUGCCAAAGGACUAUAUCGCGCGCCUCGUCUACGAUCGGACACACUUGUCGAUAGCAAUCGUCAAGAAGCCGCUCGAGGUCGUCGGCGGCGUCACAUUUCGACCGUUCAAAGGCCGUCGUUUUGCCGAGAUUGUCUUCUUUGCCAUCAGUACCGACCAGCAGGUCAAAGGUUACGGCGCGCAUCUCAUGUGUCAUUUAAAGGACUACGUCAAAGCGACCAGCGAUGUCAUGUACUUCCUCACAUAUGCCGAUAAUUACGCCAUUGGUUACUUUAAAAAGCAGGGCUUCACAAAGGAGAUUACGCUCGAUCGGAGCAAGUGGAUGGGCUACAUCAAAGACUACGAAGGCGGAACCAUCAUGCAAUGCUCCAUGCUUCCGCGAAUACGCUAUUUAGAAGUCGGGCGCCUGCUCCUUAAGCAGAAGGAGUGCGUCCAGGCCAAGAUUCGAGCCUACUCCAAGUCGCACAGAGUGCACCCGCCACCCAAGGAGUGGAAGAACGGCAUCAAGGAAAUCAACCCGCUCGACAUCCCCGCCAUCCGGGCCUCGGGCUGGUCGCCGGACAUGGACGAGCUCGCGCGCCAGCCGCGGCACGGCCCCAACUACAACCAGCUGCUGCAUCUGCUCAACGACCUGCAGAACCACAACUCUGCCUGGCCGUUCUUGGUGCCCGUCAACCGCGACGACGUGGCCGACUACUACGAAGUGAUCAAGGAGCCCAUGGACCUGACCACGAUGGAGAACAAGCUCGAGGCCGAUCAGUACCCGACACCCGAGGACUUCAUCAGGGAUGCGACGCUCGUCUUUGACAACUGCCGAAAGUACAACAACGAGAGCACGCCCUAUGCCAAGUCGGCCACGAAACUGGAAAAAUUCAUGUGGCAGCAGCUAAAGGCAGUUCCGGAAUGGUCACAUCUGGAGCCAGAGAAGUAA